ACAAUCUGGCCCCCAGAUUUAUAUAGUCUGUCCGUUGUCUGUCGAGAAUGAAGUGCACAACUUCCCAUGUCUGCUCUAGACGUAUGCUGCGUCUGCAACGACCUUGUGCCGCUUAACGACGACGGUACAACCACGACCUACCUUGAGACUGUCACAUCCAGCUUCAGAGGCUGCGAAAGCUGCGCGCUGAUACUGCAUGCUUUGAACGAGUGUGUUCCAGAAGCGCUCGUGAGCGAAGAUGGGCCGCCAGACAUUCAAAUCGUAAUUCGCCAGGCCAUCAUGCGGUCGUUCAUUGAGCUGGCCAUCAAAUGGGGCGAUCAUAGAGGAGUGAUACUCGACCUCUUUGUCGAGGCGAACACGACUUGUCCUUGGUCGACCGUUCGAGUCGGGGUCCCAACUUCGGGAAAUACCAUAUCCCACGAAAGCUUCGACCUAGUUCGAACCUGGUUUGAUGACUGUCUUAAGAACCACAAACAUUGCAGAUUCUCUAAACUUGUUCAAGCGCCUCCCCGGCUGCUGGAUCUCUACGCAGUGCAGCCUAAUGUCGUCCUCUGUGAACCUAGCCAUUUGGUCAAGUACAUUUGCUUGUCGCACUGCUGGGGAGAUUCUCGUGCUGUCACAACCACUCUUGAUAACGUUUCGUCGUUCAAAAGUGCGAUCGUAUUUUCCAAUCUUCCGCGCACCUUUCAGGAGGCUGUCAUAUUCACGCGAAAGAUGGGCGUGAGAUAUUUAUGGAUAGAUUCGCUUUGCAUUAUCCAAGAUUCGGAGGAAGAUUGGCAGGCGCAAAGCGCGCUAAUGUCUAGCAUCUAUGCGAACUCGUGCCUCACGCUGGCUGCCACGGGUUCAUCGAGCGAUGAUGGUGGGCUUUUCUUUCGGCACCCUAAGGCUACCUUUCAUGGUAUCUCCAAAGUUGGGUCUGAAUACAAGGUGCAUGCUCGGCCAGUUAUCGACCACAUGGAUGAUGCACAAUUCCCAUUGUUCAAAAGAGCAUGGGUGUUUCAGGAGAGACUCCUCGCACCCCGAGUGCUUCAUUUUGGCCGGCAGGAGAUGUGGUGGGAAUGCAUGGAGACCGUAGAUUGCGAAUGCGGAGGUAUUGUCUCGAACGAGCGUUAUGGCUCGGGCCAAGAGAAGUUCUUCAGCAAAAUCACCCACCAGGAAGCAUUCCUAAGAGAGGGUGAUGUUCAUCUCCGCAGAAGGUGGCACGCGAUAAUUGAGGAAUAUACCCAGCUCUCGCUUACCAAAAUGCGCGACAGACUUCCGGCUCUGUCUGGAAUUGCAGAGCAAAUGGCCAAUCCGCCGAACGGUCCAAAACGGGAUGCAAGGUACAUUGCAGGCCUGUGGAAUGACACAUUGCUUCAAGAUCUUUUGUGGUAUCGACUCGAUGCACUUUGCUCAGCACCAACACCUAAAUGGCGCGCACCUUCGUGGUCAUGGGCUGGCCAAGAGGGUUCGGUCCGUUAUUUCGACGCUCCUCACAUCCAAGAAUCCACGGAUUCAGGCACACGAAUAGAUCACGAGAACGUGCCCUUUCUCCACAAGAUUCAUGUGGAGAUUCUAGAAGCUGAAGCGAGAGUCGCAAACCAAGACAAUCCCUACGGCGAAGUGCUUUCUGCUCACCUUCGCCUGAAAGGCCCGUUGGUAACUGUGUCGGUUUCGGAUUCUCGCUCAUUGUCGUCACGCACACUUCACCAAAAAAGACGUCUUUUGCGAAGGCAGGCCCUUCGUAGCGUUCACUACGAAUUUCGGUUCGAGACAACAGACAACCCGAAUAGCUAUCCAUUCUUUGCAGACUAUGACCUGCAGAAGCAUGACCAAGGAUUCGCAGACGCAACCUUUGCGAUCCUUCGCGUGGCCACAUGCACAAACUUCGAUGAAUACGCAAUGCUGCUGAAGUGCAUCCACAAGGACCAGAAUAUUUGGGAAAGAGUCGGACUGUUUACGACCAAGUUCGCGGGCAGAUCGACCGCUGACCAUAACGUUUAUCAGACGACGUUUGCCACGGAGAGCCUCAUGACGGAGAUAACAGUCGUGUGAGAAGGCAUGCUAUGACACACUAUACUAAGGAUCUUUGCUGAUUCUGCAAUCAAUGGGGCAGGUGCUUCAGCUUGAAUAAGUCUCAGUAUUUAUGAUCGCUAUUAGAUGAAAUUUCCAGUAAUGUCUAAAGCUUUUGGUUCAAA